ACUAACCUAGGAACCUUUUGCAUUCUCGCACUUUAAAUUUCCAAUGCAAUAAUGUAUUCAUUCCAAUGGUAAAUACAGUGUUCGGAGCAUUUUAUUUAUUUUAAUUUAUCGAUUGUUUAAUCAAGCGAUAAUGUCGUCGACUGAUUGUCAUUAUACCUUCGUCAGAUCGUCAGCGUCUUCGUAUUAUUGGAGUAAUUUGCAUUGCUAGUGACAUCAGAGUGGGUUCGGAAGAUGUUGCGAUAUCCAAGUUAACGAUUUCAGUAGUAACGCACCACCUGGAAGCUUAUCCGAUUGUAAUGACAGUGUCGUGUUACGGUCGACGGUGUUGAGUAAUUGUAAAUAUGUCAUUAACGAAGGUUAUAUUUUUCACGCAGUUUCGAGAAUGAGCCCGAAACUCUAGGACUGUUUCGUUUAAUCGUAUACGGAAGUAAUGUCGAUGACCGGCGAUCAAUUUUGAUAGUUUCCUUGUACCAUGAUGGGAAUAUUGUAUGAGAAACGGCCACUGAAACGGCCUAGACUAGGGCCGCCUGACGUCUAUCCCCAAGAACCUAAACAAAAAGAGGACGAGCUCACCUCUAUUAACGUCAAACAUGGAUUCGCCACGAUGCCUCAGCUGUCCGACGAGUUCGGAACAGCGAGGCAUUGCAACGUCACUGCCGCCAAAGUGGGAGCGUACUUCAACGCGAUUCUAGCGAAGAAGGAGGAGCUGUCUACGAUGCCGGACACAGGUAGAAAGAGACAACAGAUCAAUCCGAAGGACAAUUUCUGGCCCGUAACCGCGAGGACGAAAAACGGCAUCGAGGCGUGGUUCAAAGAUCUCUCCGGUUGCAAGCCGUUGAUAGCUCUCGCAAAGAAGGCUCCCAACUUCAAUAAGAAGGAAGAGAUAUUCAUGAUGCUCUGCGAGUAUCAAGUACCCAUGCUGAGGGCAGCCUGGUUCAUUAAACUCAGCUCGGCUUAUACGGUCGCAGUUUCGGAGGCUAAGAUUAAGAAGAGACAGUUGCCCGAUCCGACUACAGAAUGGACGGGGACGCUUAUAAAAUUCUUGAAGGAUCAACUCUCGAAGUUACAAGAACAUUACUACAUAAAUAGCCACUCGACGAAUAGCGCUAGCAACAACGGUGUCGCGAAUAAUUCCUGCAACAGCAACGGUUCUGGAAGCAGCAACAGUAACAACAACAGCGGCACCAAUAACAUCAACAGUAACAACAACGGUAACAACGGAACCGCUACCAAUCAACCAGCCACGCCAAACUCGAAUAAUCAAACACCGUCUGGAAACACCAUGAACGAGGAGCACAAAUUAGCGUUGAAGCAAUGGCAUUACUGCGUUCAGUUGGCGAAGUUUAUGUUCGAAGAAGGUUUAUUAGACAGACAGGAAUUGCUGCAGUGGAUUUUAGAGUUGUUGGACAAAAUCAAGUCUUCCCCUUCGGAAGAUGGUAUCUUGAAGCUUCUGUUACCAUUGGCGUUGCAAUACUUGGAGGAGUUCGUGCAGUCCGAGUUGCUAGCCAGGCGUUUGGCGUAUCUGUGCUGUCGCAAGCUGGCCCACAUGUGCAGCAACGUCGAGGCCAACGGCAAUCCUCAAAGUCCGUCCAUAAAUAAGAGCGACGCGAACGGUGGGAAGGAAACCGCCGCCGCUAGCCAAACACCGAAUCCGUUGACCGCUGCUUUCAGCGACUACUUGUCGUGCCCCCAUCACAGAGACGUGAUAUAUAGUUUAUCGACGAUAAUACAGGUGAUCACAUUGGAAUGCCCAACGGCGCUGGUAUGGAACAGCGUUGGCGAAGGGAAAGCUCCGUCCGUGCUAAACGGUUCCCCUUUGGACUAUUUAUCGUAUCCUCCGACGACUUUACCGUGUCCAUCCGCGAGCGCUACUAAUCCUAUAUUGAAGCAGCUGAAGAUCGGCCAGGAGAACAUACGCGCGCGGUCCCAGGCCGCCGAAGGCAAAUGGUCCUGCGACAAGUGGCAGCAGAGCAGCGCUGGGAUAACAACGACUAAAGUCCUGGCUGCUUUGGACGCCCUGGAUCGGCACAGCUUCGACAGAAUGGACUCGAACAAUUCCUUGGACACUCUGUACGCUAAGAUAUUCACGUCGCCCCCGAAGGACACCGGGAACGAAAGGGACGCGAAAACCGAGUACAACCCGCAGCAGGAUUCCGCUGUGGUUGAGAUAUUGUGCGAGUGGGCGGUGAGCGCCGAACGAUGGGGGGAGCACAGAGCUAUGGCGGUCGCUAAGCUGCUCGAGAAACGGCAGAGCGACGUCACUGGGGAGACGAAUGACAAUGACGAUAAAGAUAGCGUCUGUAGCAAUGGGAAUCCGCAUGUGCUCCCGAUCUUUCAAGCGUUGCUCAUGAAGUUCUUGGACAUGGACGCUCCGGUAUUAGACAAUACACCAGCACAGUCAAAAGUUCAGUUCACGAAUUUGGUUCACUUAUUUUCAGAGUUAAUUAGGCACGAUGUAUUCUCGCAUGACGCGUACAUGUGCACGUUGAUCUCCAGGGGAGAUCUUAUUCAAGGUCCAGCAGCCAGCAAACCCGGAACUCCAAGUAAUAGAGAACCAAUCGACGAGGAUAGCUUGUUCCCAGGGAUAGAUUUAAAACCAGCGAAAUUAGAGGUAACAGAUCACGGACGAACAAUGGAUUAUGAUGAUAGUAAAAUUGACGAUGAUUUGGACAAGCUGCUGCAACAUAUUAAAGAAGACCAACAGAACAGUAUGGAUGCCCCGGACAGUCCCAAAGAAGACGCGCUAGCGGGGCACGGGACUCAGGAAGGACUCGAUUCUAAGAUGCCCUCGAGUCAUAGUAGACACUUGUUGUACACUACCCACUUUCCGCUGCCCCAGGACGAGACGUGCAGCCAGCACGACUGCAAUCAACGGCACGUGCUACUUUACGGAGUGGGACGCGUCAGAGACGAGGCCAGGCAUGUCGUUAAAAAGAUGACCAAGGAAGUGUGCAAAUUGUUCGGAAAGAAAUUCAGCAUCGACGUAGCCGAGGGCGGAAAAGUGAAGAAGCAUUCCCGUAGCGAGUUCAACUUCGAGGCGAUCACGUUGAAGUUUCAGAACUUGAGCUACUUCGAUCAGCACGUGGUGACGUGGCAGUGCGCGACUCAAGUCAUCGAGAUGUUGAACGCGUUCGCGCUGGUUGGCUCGUCGUAUUUACCGGUGCAAGAGCACGUGGCGUUCCUAUUCGAUUUAAUGGAACUAGCCCUGAACAUAUACGGCUUGAUAGACGUCUGCAUCCAAAUUCUGAAGGAGCUACCAGAAGUCGAGGCCCAGUUGACGGUUAGAAACAGUCAACUCAUCAGGAGCUAUACGACCAGCUUGAGUCUGUACGUUGUGGGAGUUUUAAGGAGAUACCAUUGUUGUCUACUGUGCAAGGGAUAUGUUGUCAAGGAUACGUUGACCUACAUUUAUACAAAUUUGUAUUGA